GGUGAACAGUAUUUUAUGUAAUUGUAAAAGCGAGCUGAUUGGACAAAUAGGCCUAUAAAAACAAAUGCCUGAUUUUGAAAGUAUACAUAGAUUUUUAGCUGUUUUGGUUUGGAGUGACAGACUCAAUUGUUAGUGUUAAAGUAGUUCUGUUAAUGUAUUAUUUUGCUAUGGACCUGGGGUGGAAAAGGGUCCCUAUGCUAUUGAUCCUAUUGAUCUUUUGGAAGCAUGCAUUUGGACAGAAAGGUUGGAGUUCUCAUGAUGUUCCGCCUCACCAGAAAUGGCAUGACCACAAGAUCGCCUCACCUCGGGGAGCCCAGUCUUCAGUGUUUGAGGCUCCAGUGACUGGAAGCAUUCCUUUUGAAGAAGUGGCCUCUAAUGUGCUUGCUGGGAAAAGCCUGAAUCCCAGCAGGUCUCGAUUUUCCCUUUCACGUCAGUAUGUAAAAGGUGGCAUUUCAGGCAGCUCUGCAUCUAUGUCUCAUACCCAAAGUGCACCGAGUUCCUCUGUGUCUGCUUCCUUGGUCUUGCCUCAAAAUCUGCACAGUUUAUACAGCAACACAUCACUGCUACAACUUCAAGGUUCCUUCAGUCCAAGUGUCCAGGAUAUAGCCAGCCAGUCUGGCGUUCAAUUGGGAGAAACCUCUAGUCCACUUUCUGCUCAGAGUAGCUCUUCCACUGGAUCCUCAGCCAGUUCCCUCAGUGAGUUUACUGACACCUCUCAGGGCAGCUCUGGGCCACAGCUGGCAGGCAGUUCCAGUCAGCUUCUUUCUACAGAUGGUGUAAGUGGCUUGCUACCCCAAUCUCAAAGUACUGCAAGUCAGAUCUAUACCAAACUUGCUGCUUCACCCCCAAGUGUUAGCCAGUCUACCAGUGGUCAGAGCUCUUACAGCCAGUAUACAUCAGGCUCCCAGAGGAGGGUUGGCACUAAGCUGGUAGCUUCCCGUCAAUAUGUGCCUACACUGGAAAGUAGUUAUGGCUCAUCUUUCCAGCCUCAAGGUACCACUAGUCAGUAUGCUCCAACUUUUUCCUUAGGUGCAAAAGUGCCUGUGCCCAGUCAGUACUAUCCAGCAACUCUGAGUGGAUCCUCUCAGUCUAUAAGCCAGUCAUCUCAGAAGUGGCAGCCUUCAACCGCUAGGACUAACGUUUUUCAGCCAUCUAGUACAGCGGUGUUCCAAGGAUUUCAGACAUCUGGUGUAUCGCAGAGCAUCUCUCAAUAUCCUAGUAGGUUCGUUUCACUGUCCUCUGCAUCUGCUGAUGGUGCCUCUCUCCAGCUUCAAGGUACCUCUAGCCAGUUUGACCCUGCUUCUUUGGAUGCAAAAGUGCCAGUGUACCGUCAGGCUGCUCCAAGUGGAUUUUCCUUGUCUACGAGCCAGCCAUCUCAAUUGAAGCCUUCCACUUUAAGGUUGUCUCAAGGUUUUCAGGCCUCUGGAACAGUGGCAUCACAGAGUAACUCUCCAUUUCAAGGCUCUAAGUCUCCCAGUAGGUUCUCUACCCUUAAAACAGCAGCAAGUCCUGGCCAAUCUUUCUCCAAUGUAUAUACAUCCAGCUCCCUAAGUAGAGCUGGUGCUCAGCUGGCAGGAUCUAGUCUUUAUGUGCCCAUGCAGACAGGAAGCACUUCUACUGAUGGCUCAUCUCUUCACCUUCAAGGUACCUCUAGCCAGUAUGCCCCUGCUUCUUUGGUUGCAAAAGUUCCUCCGUAUAAACCGGCUGCUCCAAGUGGAUCCUCGUCUCUGAGCCAACUGUCUCAAUGGCAGCCUUCCACCUCUAGGUGGUCCCAAGGUUUUCAGGUCUCUGGUACAGUGGCAUCACAGAGUGGUUCUAAGUCUCCCAGUAGGUUCUCUACCCUUACAUCACCAGCAAGUCCUGGCAAACUUUUCUCCACACAGGAUGGAAGUGGCAGAUAUAGUGGUUUGUUCAGCCAGUCUCAAAGUGCCUCUAGCCAGUAUGCCCCUGCUGCUUUGGAUGCAAAAGUGCCAGUGUACAGUCAGGCUGAUCCAAGUGGAUUUUCCUUGUCUACGAGCCAGACAUCUCAAUUGAAGCCUUCCACCUCUAGGUGGUCCCAAGGUUUUCAGGCCUCUGGUACAGUGGCAUCACAGAGUGGCUCUCUAUCUCAAGGUUCUAAGUCUCCCAGCAGGUUCUCUACCCUUACAUCAGCAACAAGUCCUGGCAAUUUUUUCUCCACACAGGAUGGAAGUGGCAGAUAUAGUAGCUUGUCCAGCCAGUCUCAAAGUGCCUCAAGUCGAUAUAACCCUGGGUCUCCUGCAUAUGCCAAGCGUAGUUUUUCACUCCUUGAUUCUUCUAGACAAUCUACUAGUGACCAGAGCUCUUCCCCUCAAUUUUCCACUGGUUCUUUCUUCAUGGCAGCCCUGAACCCUCAUGUGGAUUCUGUGUCCCAGAGUAGCCGGAGUUCUAUUUCUAAUUCUUGGAGGACCUCAAGCCUCUCUGGUGUAGGACUCAGACCCUCUAUGCUCUCCUCCAAGGCUGCUUCAGGCUCUAUCCGAAGACAAAUGUCCCCUGGUCUGUUUGGUUCUGUUCAACACCCCACAGACUCCUCCACCUAUGGCCAGAAACCUUCCCAGAGCUCCUCCACUUCAGGACGAUACUUUUCAUCUGUCAAGGGCUAA